UGCGGGGCCUGCCUGCGGCAGUACCUGCGCAUCGAGAUCACCGAGUCCCGCGUCAACAUCUGCUGCCCCGAGUGCAGCGAGCGCCUCAACCCCGCCGACAUCCGCCGCCUGCUCCGCGACUCCCCGCACCUCGUCGCCAAGUACGAGGAGUUCAUGCUGCGCCGCUGCCUCGCCGCCGACCCCGACUGCCGCUGGUGUCCGGCCCCCGACUGCGGGUACGCGGUGAUCGCCUACGGCUGUGCCAGCUGCCCCAAGCUGACCUGCGAGAGGGACGGCUGCCAGACAGAGUUCUGCUACCACUGCAAGCAGAUAUGGCACCCCAACCAAACCUGCGACAUGGCCCGGCAGCAGCGGGCACAGACCCUGCGGGUACGGACCAAGCACACCUCGGGCCUCAGCUACGGGCAGGAGUCCGGGCCGGCCGAUGACAUCAAGCCGUGCCCACGCUGCAGCGCUUACAUCAUCAAGAUGAACGAUGGCAGCUGCAACCACAUGACGUGUGCCGUGUGUGGCUGUGAGUUCUGCUGGCUCUGCAUGAAGGAGAUCUCGGAUCUGCAUUACCUCAGCCCCUCUGGCUGUACAUUCUGGGGCAAAAAGCCAUGGAGUCGUAAAAAGAAGAUUCUCUGGCAGCUGGGCACGUUGAUCGGAGCCCCUGUGGGCAUUUCCCUCAUCGCUGGCAUUGCCAUUCCUGCCAUGGUCAUUGGCAUCCCUGUGUACGUUGGGAGGAAGAUUCACAGCAGAUACGAGGGGAAGAAAACCUCCAAGCACAAGAGGAACUUGGCCAUUACUGGUGGGGUCACCUUGUCUGUCAUUGCCUCCCCAGUCAUUGCUGCUGUCAGUGUUGGAAUUGGGGUCCCCAUCAUGCUGGCCUACGUCUAUGGGGUGGUGCCCAUCUCGCUGUGCCGGGGUGGUGGCUGUGGGGUCAGCACAGCCAACGGAAAGGGAGUGAAAAUCGAGUUUGAUGAAGAUGAUGGACCCAUCACAGUGGCCGAUGCCUGGAGAGCCCUGAAGAACCCCAGCAUUGGAGAGAGCAGCAUUGAGGGGCUGACCAGCGUGCUGAGCACCAGUGGCAGCCCCACGGACGGGCUCAGUGUCAUCCAGGGCAACUACAGCGAGACCGCCAGCUUCGCUGCCCUGUCCGGGGGCACCCUGAGCGGGGGGGUCCUCUCAGGGAGCAAGGGGAAGUACAGCAGGCUGGAGGUCCAGGCAGAUGUCCAAAAGGAGAUUUUCCCCAAAGACUCGGUCAGUUUGGGGGCCAUCAGCGACAAUGCCAGCACCCGAGCCAUGGCUGGUUCCAUCAUCAGCUCCUACAACCCUCAGGACAGGGAGUGCAAUAACAUGGAGAUCCAGGUGGACAUUGAAGCCAAACCCAGUCACUACCAGCUGACCAGUGGCAGCAGCACAGAGGACUCCCUGCACGUCCACACCCAAAUGGCAGAGAACGAGGAAGAGGAGGAGGAAGAGGAAGAGGAGGAGGAGGACGGCAAGCAGGAGCAGACGUGCAAACACCAAAGCUGUGAGCAAAAGGACUGCAUUGCCAGCCAGACGUGGGACAUCACCCUGGCCCAGCCCGAGAGCAUCCGCAGCGACCUGGAGAGCUCGGACAGCCAGUCGGACGACGUGCCGGACAUUACCUCGGACGAGUGCGAGUCCCCCCACUGUCAGACUGCAGCUGGCUGCCCACAGACCCCCAGAGCAAGAGGUGCCCAGAGCCCAAGUGCCCACCUGAGCCACUGUGCCCAAGCCGAGGGCUGCCGGCUGGAUGAGAUGGUCCAGCUGGAGUGCAUCGAAGCCAGAGUGUGACCUGAGCGCACUCCCUGGCGCUGCAGCUUCUGGGCCAAACUUGUGUCCCUGUUGGCUUCUGUUUGCCAUCCUCCAGCUGGCUCCCCCAGCCUCACCUCGGGGAGUUGCUGUUUGUUACGUGACAGAAAAAAAAAACAAAGAAAAAAAAAAGAAAGGGAAAAAAAAAUUCCCCCUCCACCCUCUUUUUGUUUUAAUUUAUUGGUUCAGACUCUGUGAGGUGUGUAAGAGUGUAAAUAUGUACGUGUGUCUGUAUGUCUGCAACCAUCCUAAGGGACUCUUGGAAUAAAGACUCUGGUUGUCAUUCGACCUGAA